GAGGGGUUACAAAAGAUGAAGUUCAGAGAAUACAAAAGCUGCUCUAUCAGCUUCUUCUUCAGGAGUAUAGUGUCAGCCACAGUGGUCUUUUUAGGCUUCUAUAUUUGUCAGUUGAAAGUGUGUUCAUGCAGUGAAAUGGCAGAAGUUUCAGAGGAGCAGUUCAGCUGUCCAGUGUGUCUGGAUCUACUGAAGGAUCCAGUGGCCAUUCCCUGUGGACACAGUUACUGUAUGAACUGUAUUACAGACUGCUGGGAUCAGGAUGAUCAGAAGGGAGUCUACAGCUGCCCUCAGUGCAGACAGACCUUCACCCCAAGACCUGCUUUAAAUAAAAACACCAUGCUGGCUGAAGUGGUGGAGAAACUGAAGAAGACUAAACUUCAAGCUGCCGUUCCUGCUCACUGUUACGCUGGAGAUGGAGAUGUGGAGUGUGACGUCUGUAUUGGAAGAAAACACAAAGCCAUCAAGUCCUGUCUGGUGUGUCUGGAAUCUUACUGUCAAACUCAUUUUGAGCGUCAUGAGGAGUUUCACUCAAGAAAGCCACACAAAGUGACUGAUGCCACUGGACGACUGCAGGAGAUGAUCUGUCCUCAACAUGAGAAGAUUCUGGAGGUUUUCUGUCGGACUGACCAGCACUGCAUAUGUCUGCUGUGUUCCAUGGACGAACAUAAAAACCAUGACACUGUAUCAGCUGCAGCAGAGAGAAAAGUGAAGGGGAGACAUUUGAAGGAGACACAGAGAAAAUUGCAGCAGAGAAUCCAGCAGAGAGAGAAAGAUGUUGAGGAGCUGAGAGAGGCUAUGAAGUCUCAUAAGUGCUCUGCACAGACAGCAGUGGAGGACAGUGAGAGGAUCUUUACUGAGCUGAUGCGCUCCAUUGAGAGAAGCCGCUCUGAGGUGACACAGCUGAUCAGAGGUCAGGAAAAGGCUGCAGUGAGUCGAGCUGAAGGACUCUUGGAGCGACUGGAGCUGGAGAUUGAUGAUCUGAGGAGGAGAGAAGCUGAGAUCCAGCAGCUUUCAAACACGGAUGAUCACAUCCAUUUCCUACAGAGUUUUCAGUCUCUCUCUGCACCUCCUGAAUCUACAGUCAACAUCACUGUCAGUUUUCUCAGUUCUUUUGAUGGCGUGAGAGAAUCUGUGUGUCAACUGAAAGACAAACUGGAGGAUUUCUGUAAGGAGGAGAUUGGAAAACUAUCUGGUAGAGUUUCCACAGUCGCACACAUCAACAUUGAUCCCAGAACCAGGCAGGACUUCCUAAAAUAUUUCCAUCAGUUCAAUCUGGAUCCAAAUACAGUGAAUAAAUGCCUCUGUCUGUCUGAGGGAAACAGAGCUGCUACUGUCACACUCCAGCAGUAUCCUGAUCAUCCAGACAGAUUUGAUUAUUAUAAUCAGGUGUUGUGUAAAGAGAGUGUGUGUGGACACUGUUACUGGGAGAUUGAGUGGAGUGGAAGUGUGUCUAUAUCAGUGUCUUAUAAGAGCAUCAGCAGGAAGGGAAAGGGUAAUAAGUGCAGAUUUGGAUAUAAUGAUCAGUCUUGGAGUUUGUAUUGCUCUUCCUCCAGUUGUUCAUUCAGUCACAAUAGCAAAAGCACUGAUCUCCCUGUAGUGUCCAGAUCCUGUAGAAUAGGAGUGUAUGUGGAUCACAGUGCAGGAACUCUGAGCUUCUACAGCGUCUCUGACACAAUGACCCUCAUCCAGAGAGUCCAGACCACAUUCACUCAACCUCUAUAUCCUGGGUUUAGAUUAAGUAUAUUAUCAUCAGUGAAACUGUGUGAUCUAACAGUAUAGAUAAUAAAGAGAUUCUGCACACAAUACUGUUAUAUCACAACAAUCAUUAAAUAAAAACUACACUAAGGUGUGUGUGUUUAUGUAAUUCAUUUUAAUUCAGUUUUAUUGCAUUAUAAAAUAAUGUUUAUUAUUACUACUACCCAAAGUAACUUGUAAUUGUAACCAUCACACAAAGGGUUUAUUAAAGACAUGAAAUAUGUAUUAUUUGGACAUUUCAUUUUGUAUAUUUGCACAGAACAAUAAAACACAAUGGAAAAGCA